UCCUUGGUUUUUUUUAUUAUACGAGUAGUUUAAAUUUUUUAAUUUUAGCAAUGGCGAUCGUUCACUUGUCACUGAUCUCGACUAUUACAUGUUCACAACGAAGAAGAACGACUAAGGAGGCUUCACAAGAUUCCGUCAUAACACAGAAGACUCCUAUUGCGACAGACUCUGUCUCGUCCUUCAGAUUAUGUCCCUGCGGAAGAAGGCAUUUCACAGGAGCUAUGCCGCUUCUUCCCCUGUCUCCCUCGUACGCUGCUUCUAGUUCAACGGAAGAUUUGAAAACGCUGCGUCCUCCAAAGCCAGACUGGUACGAUGAGCUCUUUGCUUGGUCUAUGGAUACUAGCAUAGAACCGUACGAGAAAGAGAUUUCGAGUUACAAGAUGAAACUCUUUGAUAAUUUGGUGGGAAAAGCAGAAAAGGUUUUGGAGAUUGGCGUUGGAACAGGUCCUAAUUUCAAGUACUACUCGGUUAUUCCAAACGUUUCCGUUCUUGGUGUGGAUCGAAACGCUAAGAUGGAGAGUUACGCGCGUAAAUCCGCGGCAGAAGCAGGGCUGAAACCUGAAGAUUUCAGCUUCAUUCAUGCGGUCGCAGAAGCUAUACCAUUAGAGGAUGCAUCGGUUGAUGCAGUUGUGGGGACUCUCGUGCUUUGUUCUGUCGCAGAUGUCACUAGAACGCUCAAUGAGAUAAAACGGGUACUAAGACCGGGUGGGGUUUACCUUUUCAUAGAACAUGUUGCAGGAGAAGAUGGAUCAUUUUUGAGGUUGGUGCAGAAUGUUUUGGACCCAUUGCAACAAGUUGUUGCUGAUGGAUGUCACUUGACUAGGCGCACUGGAGAUUAUAUUUUAGAAGCCCGGUUCAAUGGCGGUGCAGAUAUCAACAAGGUCUCUCUGUCUAGCUUGGCUUACUUAAGCUCUCAUGUCUAUGGGGUUGCUUACAAUUAGAAAAACAGGAUGGUGUCUAAGAGCAUCUCCAAUGUACACCUCUAUAUUUUUCUCUAAAAUAGAGAUCUUUAUAACAGAGGUCAAUUUGCUCCAAUGUACACCUCUAUAAUAGAGUUCUUUUAUUUUAGAAGAAAAUAUAGAGGAAUCUCAC